GACUAAACUUCAGAACCGAAUGAUCUGUCUGGUUCUCGUCUCUUUCUCUCUGUCUCGCAAAACCAAAGAGUUUCAGUUUCGGUCGCCGAUCAAAAAUCACGAGCACUUGUCGGAAAUGAUCAGAUAUAGAUAAACUUCGAGAGGAACUUAAAAAUGGGUUCUGAGCAAAACGAAAGCACAAGCUUCUCUCCUUCAGAGCCAAAGCUCUGCGUCAAUGGCUGCGGAUUUUUCGGAACGGCUGCUAACAUGAACCUAUGCUCCAAAUGCUAUCACGACCUUAGAGUCACCGAAAAGCAAGCUGCUUCAACUAAAUCCGCCUUCGAGAAAUCUCUAAAACCAAAACGUAAAAUCUCCGAGAUCACAACCUCCCUCGAAUCUGCUCUUGCGUCAUCAUCAACGAGCGGUGAUGAAACGGCGGCGUUUUCUGAGCCGCCGCCACGGACUACGGCCAGGACGAGGUGCUUGAGCUGUAACAAGAAAGUGGGAUUGAUGGGGUUUAAGUGCAAGUGUGGGAGCACAUUCUGUGGAGACCAUAGAUAUCCGGAGAAUCACGAUUGCGAAUUCGAUUUCAAAGGAGAAGGAAGAGAUGUAAUUGGCAAAGCCAAUCCUGUGGUGAAGUCUAAAAAAGUGGAGAGAAUCUAAGUAAGCGUAAGCCGCGAAUGUUCUUGCCUGUUAAAGAUCCUUGUGUUAUAUGUAUAUUGAUAGCUCUGUUUACGGUUUGAUCGCUCUAGGAAAAUGUUAGAUCGGUUUGUGCUCUUGCUAUUGAUUUGGUUUUGGUGGAGUCUUGUUCUGUAAUAAGAAAUGUAUAAUAGAACUUGGUUUUAUCAGAAAUGUGUGUUCUUGUUUGGUACUAGCAAGCUAGAGAAA